AACUCAUCAAAAGGAAUAUAUAUUUGGGGAUCCCUCGUACUAAGGAAGUGUUAAAGAUGAGUAGUAUGGCUUUAGCUUGGCUCCUCCUGGUGCAUUUCAUCUUCUUAGAUGCACACGUGGAUGGCCAGGUCAGCUUCCACGUCAUCAACAAGUGCCCGUUCCGCGUGUGGCCGGCGGCGGCGCCCAACACCGGCCACCCCGUGAUCGCGGACGGCGGCGGCUUCCUCCUCCAGCCGGGCCAGGGCAAGCAAGUCAAGGCCCCGCCGACGUGGAGCGGGCGGUUCUGGGGCCGCACCGGGUGCAGUUUCGGUUCGGAUUCGGGUUCGGGCUCGGGCUCAGAACCUGCAGGUUGCCAAACUGGUGACUGUCAAGGCCUGCUUUCCUGCAAUGGCACUAUUGGGAUGCCUCCAGCCACUCUUGUGGAGGUUUCACUGCAAGAGGACGAGAGCAAGCCCAGCUUUUACGACGUCAGCCUGGUCGACGGCUACAACCUGCCGAUCGCCGUCUCGACCAGGCCGGCCGACCGCAACUGCCUGAUCAACGGUUGCACGAAAAGCCCUAACAGCGUCUGCCCGAGAGAGCUGAGCGUCACGGACGGCAGCGGUGGCGCCGUCGUCGCCUGCAAGAGCGCGUGCUUGGCGUUCGAUCUCGACGUGUUUUGUUGCAGAAACUCUUAUGGAACGCCAGAGACCUGCAAGCCCACCAUGUACUCCAAGAUGUUCAAGGAUGCUUGCCCCUCUUACUUUAGCUAUGCUUAUGACUCUCCCCCUCCUCUAGUGAACUGCUACUCAAAAGAGUAUGUCAUUACUUUUUGUCCCUCUAAAUGGAGUGAAUCACCUCUCUAUGAGAGUGAAGAGUAAGUGUGGGGAUUGAGUUUUAAAUAUACAAAAUUAGAGUUGAACUGGAUUGCUAUUAAUAGCAAAUGAGUUCCGUUGCUACCGAUUUGUUUUCGAUGAUAAGAUUUCCAAAUCGACGAUCGGCACUGUUGGAUAUGAUCUGUACCAUUUAAAGUAUUUAAAAAUCAAGUUUCAAAUCUUUUCGGCAUCAUUGACUUAAUAAUCAAAGUAUUUCAAAAUUUGUAAUUUUAAUGGUUGGUAUAAAGCAUUUUCUCGUUUAACUGCGUAAAGAUAUCUAAAUUAAUUAAAUUUUGAUUAAAUUUUUUUAACAAAUUAUUUAAAAAAUGAUCUACACUCUUGAUCUUAUGAACAAGACUCCUAUCAUCUCUUUUUAAAGAAAAUUUAUUUUCAAUCGUUCUUCUUUGUCUACUUGAUAGACAAGGGAAUAAUAUCACAAAAGUAUGAAAUUUGAUUUUCAAAUAGUUUAAAUUGUUUAGAUCGUGUUCAACGGUAUCAAUCGUUGGUUUGGAGGCUUCAUCAUCAAAAAUAAAUCGAUAGCAACUGAGCCCGUCUAUUAUUAAUAGCAUUUCAGCUCAACUCCACAAAAUUACUUAUUAUGCAUAAGCUUUGUACAUCAUUUAUAUGUACGCACAUUUGCUUAGAAUAGAAUGGUAUAAAUGGACUAAUGUUGUUUGAGU